CCGGAGGCGCUGUAGAGCCGCAGAGAAUGAGAGAAUGAGAGAGAGUGAGCGCGACUGAGACAGAGAGAUUGAUUGAUUGUUUGUGUCGCGUUAAACUCGUGUGCGUGUUUCUGCCUCCUCUGACUCUGCUCCUGAUCUUACAUUUAAACGCGUUUCCUUCCUGAAAAGAUGGACAUGAAGAAGAGGAUUCACUUGGAGCUGCGGAACAGGACGCCGUCAGACGUGUGUGAGUUGGUGCUGGAUAACUGUCGUUCUGAUGAGGGGAAAAUCGAGGGGCUGACGUCAGAGUUUGUCAAUCUGGAGUUUCUCAGUCUAAUUAAUGUGGGUCUAACGUCGAUCUCCAACCUCCCAAAACUUCACAAACUCAAGAAGUUGGAGCUGAGUGAUAACCGGAUCUCAGGAGGUCUCGAGAUUCUGGCAGAGAAAGGGCCAAACCUCACACACCUCAACCUGAGUGGCAACAAACUGAAGGACCUGAGCAUGCUGGAGCCACUGAGGGAUCUGCCCCGUCUGAAGAGUUUGGACCUGUUUAACUGUGAGGUCACGACCCUGGAUGAUUACAGGGUAAGUGUGUUUAAGCUGCUCCCACAAAUCACCUACCUGGAUGGUUAUGACCCAGAGGACCGAGAAGUGAGUGACUCGGAUGCAGAGGGAGGUGACGAGGAUGAGGAUGAAGUGAACUCAGAGGAUGAGGAUGAAGAUGGAGAGGAGGAUGAGGAUGAUGAGGACGAUGAGGAUGAAGAGGCAAGUUUAGAGGAGGAGGAAGACUCUGGUCAGGAGGAUGAUGAUGAUGAUGACGACGACGAUGAUGACGAUGAGGAGGAAGAUGAAGAUGAGUAUAAAGGAGAAAAGAGGAAACGAGAGCCAGAGGAUGAAGAUGACGAUGAGGAUGAUUGAGUUUGUGCUUGUGGUGUGUGUUUGUGUGUGAGAUGAGUUUUAAUGUGUUAGAUCACACUGAUGUUAUUUUUUUAAACCCCACUCAGUUCCCAUGUUGUCUUUUUUUUAUACUCUUGUUCAUUUUGUUUGUUUUCUCUCCAAAUUGAAGAGAGACUUUGUAAAUAAAAUGUUUUCUAAGUCA